AUGAUACAAUAUAUCGUAGAUGCGUUUGCUGAACAACUAUUCGAAGGAAACCCUGCAGCAAUUUGUGUACUGGACCAGUGGAUUGAAGAUGACCUCAUGCUGAAAAUAGCGCAAGAAAACAAUCUUUCUGAAACAGCCUUUACUGUCAAAGAAGGAAAUGGCUACCGUUUACGGUGGUUCACUCCAGGUGGAGAAAUCGAUUUAUGUGGUCAUGCCACACUUGCUACCGCUUUUGUAAUAAUGAACUAUGUGGAUAAAACGUUGAAUAAUAUUACGUUUCAAACAUUGAGCGGCGAAUUAAUUGUCAAGAAAAAUCAGGAUUUAUACGAGAUACAAUUUCCAAGCUAUUCUUUAAUAUCUAUAGAAGUUACUAAAGACAUGGAAAAAGCCAUCGGUUUUCGCCCUCUGGAAGCUUGGAUGGGCCGUGAUUUGGUUUGUGUACUACAAAAUGAAGAGCAAGUUGAGUCUGCUACACCAGACUUACAAAAAACGAAAGAACUGCCUGGCAUGCUGCUGCACGUGACAGCUCCAAGUGCUGUUUUUGAUUGUGUUAGCAGAAGUUUCGCUCCUAAAUUCAACAUUCCCGAAGACCCAGUCUGUGGAUCGGGGCAUUGUCACAUUGCACCUCUUUGGGCACAAAAAUUAAAGAAAGACAAAAUUAUCGCUCGUCAAGCUUCACGACGUGGUGGUACACUUCAGUGCAAAAUAAAUAACGACCGAGUAGAAUUAGCCGGAAAAGCGGUCUUGUUCGCUAUUGCCGAGUUAUUUGUGACUAAUAAUAAAAGAAAUGUAGAUGAGUAAAAGGAAAGUAAAAAAAACUACAAUUUCAUAUGCAUUAGCCCCCGGCCCAGAAACAUAUUGGCUUUAAAUGCUUAUUUUACUCAAUGUUUAUUAAUAUGAAUGUUGGACUUUCCGGUUUUUUAAAGUUAUUAUGGUUUUUGUCACGUUUAUAUAUUUUUUUCCAGUAGGUACCUAAUAAAGUAAUAAGUUAGUCCAAAAUCCAAUAUAGCUACAUAAGUUAAAUUGGUGCAAUCUACAUUCAUGGUUAGAUCUUUGAUUUCAUAUCGAUAAUAAUCAGCAUGCAAACUUCUGGAAGAGUUUUAUUACGACAAUUUGUCAAUUCGAAAAUUGUAUUACAGUCAUUAUUAGUCUGGUCCUACUUUUCUAUGAGUCCCUUUCAUUUACUUUUUGUCUUUCGAUUUUAUUGCACGCUUUGUUGGUACCAUUUAAUCGAUAUUUAACGACGUAGUGGUGUGUAACCUACUUUUUUUAAGCUAGUUUUGUAAUGCAUCCACGAUUUUGGUAUGGUUUUAUAGGUUUUUACCUUUUUUUUUAUUAUACUAAUAAUUAUUGUUUUUACCUAGUUCAUCUAUUUAGAGACUCCGAGUGUAGGGGGUCGGAAUAUGAUAACUUAUAAAUAAGGUAAGGUAAGGAAGGAAUCGUGCCUACUUUAGUUGAGGUAGUGUGUCUAUAUGUCACACUUGCCCCAAGUCAGAGGUGGUAAACAUUAAUUUAUUAUUUUAGUAAUUACCGAUGAUUAGUUUAAAACAAUAUUGUUUUUGAUAAAAUUACUGAUAAUAUUUGAAAUUAGCGUUUCAAGUAAGAAGAGAACAGUCAGAAAGUGUCACUGUGACUAAAUCUCGUUUUAACUUUAGUGCAUGUCGUACGUAUAUGUAUGUCGAUUUUCAUGAUUCUUUUUUUUGUUAGAAAGAAGAAGAAAAUCAUCCACCUCUAAGGGUGGCUGUUCACGCAUGAAGAUUCAUUUUUAUAAAUA